CAAAAUCGUAACGACUUGUCAUAGGACAACAAUCCACCGAUUGCAGUUGGGUAUAAAUAUCUUAAAUGCGAUCCGAAGCAAUGAAAAGAGUUAGUAAUUGAUUUGACAAGACGGCAUAAACAUGAAGCUACUUCUAAUAAAUCUAACGGCCUGCCUGCUGCCACUGGCAAUGACAAUGGCCAAUGUUGCCAUUGAGUAUUCGAGUCUAGCGGAUCCCUUUGCCGUAAUGCAAAAUCCCUGCGAUGACAUACGCAAUGGACAAUUCCUGUGCAAAGAUUGCGCCACACUGGCCUUCUGCUACCAGGAAGAAGGUAAUUGGAAUACCAUGCAGAUAGCCAGCUGUGAUACGGGCCGUGGCCUGUAUUGUGACGAAGAUGUUCGUGGCUGUGUCUACAAAAAAGAAUGCGUCAGUCGUGGACCUAAGUUUGAGUGCCAGAAUGCUGGCGUGUUUCCCGAUCCGUACGAUUGCAAGCAGUAUCAUGUCUGCAGUGCAAAUAAAGAAGACGAACGUAUGAUAUGUCCAUCGGGUUCAGCCUAUUCUCCAGCCACAAAAUCUUGUUCUCUGUCCACCAGCAAUGAAGCAUGUCGCAAGGCCCAAUAUACUUGUGACAAUGUCUUAGACAUGGGAGUGUGGCCUUCGGAUCCAAAUAUCUACUAUAUUUGUUGGUAUACAUCGGUCAACGGUGAGAUUGUACGUUAUCCCAUGUUGUAUCGUUGUCAGGAUGGUUAUGAAUUCAUUGCCAAUACGUGUAUGCCAAAAAGUUCGAUAUCUGCUCCCGGAUCUACUACACGAAAGGAAACACCCGCUACACCAAUAACAACGACAACUGUGGCCUCACCCCUUUCGUGUGAUCUCGCCACUAAUUUGCUGGCAAACCCAAGCGAUUGUCACUCGUAUUUUAUUUGCAAAAAUGGACAGCUCGAAAACAGGCAGUGUCCAGCGGGAACUUACUUCCAGGCCACUACACUUAUGUGCGUUUCAGGAAGCUGUUGAAACAAUGUUUUUUUAAACCUUUUGUUUUCAAUAAAAUUUUAAUAAUAUCCAGAGCAUAAAAAUAA